AUGACGCGCCUUAGCCUCUGUGCUCUUGCAGUGGCCCUUGCCGCCGGGCAGUCACUGGCGGAGCCCAUGGGCCAGCCGAUGCAACGCUUCCGUGAAAUGGGUGCCACUCAAGGGGAGGAACAGACUGAAACUUACACCAUGGAAGAUACUACUACCCCUAAAACGACUUCCUAUGCUGGCAGCCCUCAACAGCUGCUCUCUCAGUUGCCCAAGCUCUUGGAGAAACAGCUGCAGCUCCAAGACACACUGAUGAACAAAAUAAUGAAGGAUGUUGACGAAUACCUAAAGGAGACUACCGCGGCUUUCCACUGGGGUGAAACCCAAUCCACCGCCGUUAACAAGGUGAACGAGAUGAUGGAGAUGAUCAGCAACCGCAUGAAUACCGCCAUUGACGGCGCCAACGAGCUGAUGGCGAAUAGCGAGACUCUAGAUACUGAGACCCUCCGCCGUGCCACCAGCAAAUUCAUGAAGGAAGUGCGCGUGCAGGACGUGGUUAUCGAUGCAUUGUGGGCCUCUCUUCGUGGCGUACAGACUAGUGCCUGGAUGACAACCACCGCGGGAGUUGAGCAGAAGGAUACUACUACUGUUGCCAACCGUUCUGCUGAGGAGUUUAUCACGCGCAUGUAUCACAACCUCCGCGCUGCUGGUAUUUCUGAGGAAGACAUUGUCAAGUUCGUCCCUAAAAUGGAGGUUGAGACCAUGCAGGCCCGUAACAUGGGCAAGAAAGGCCGUGGCUACGGCUAUGCAUACGGAUACCCAGUUUACGGUUGGAGCUACCCCUCUUACGGUUACGGAUGGGGCUACCCCUCUUACGGUUACGGUUGGGGCUACCCCUCUUACGGUUACGGUUGGGGCUACCCCUACUACAGCCACGGUUGGGGCUACCCCUACUCCCGCCACUACUGGCGUCGUCUUCGCCCCACCAGUUGCCCAGACUGCCCUCCUACUCCAGCCACAAACAUGAUGUCUCCCUUGACAACUCCCUUCCGCAGCAUGGGGGAGGAAACCAUGAUGGGCACCACCCCCAUGACGCCUCAGGGCUACAGCACCAUGAAUCAGGGGUACAGCGCCAUGAUGGGCCAGGGAUACCCCAAUCCUAUGAUGGAAGGCAUGAACUACCCCAUGGACACCAUGGCUAGCGGCAUGAACACCGCGGGAACUAUGGGAACCCCCUACAACACAAUGAUGCCUCUCACCUACACCGGUUCCUACCGGAGCCUCUUCCCGACCCCCGAGACGUUAGGGGUUGCUCCAGAGCCUAUGCUUGCUGGGUAA